GCCCCACCCGGGAGGGGCGGGGCUCUGCCAGCCCUGGAGCUUGCGCAGUCCGGCGAGUACGUGCCUCAGGAUGGCCCGUACUAUGGAUCCACUGGCAAAGAAGAUCUUUAAAGGAGUUUUAGUAGCUGAACUUGUGGGCGUUUUUGGAGCAUAUUUUUUGUUUAAAAAGAUGAACACAAGCCAAGAUUUCAGGCAAACAAUGAGCAAGAAAUUCCCUUUCAUCUUGGAAGUUUAUUACAAAUCCAUUGAACACUCUGGAAUGUAUGGCAUCAGAGAGCAAGAUCAAGAAAAAUGGCUGAACAGCAAAAAUUAGGAAUUUGACCAUCGAUCAAAGUUCGUCCUAUUUCACAGUAUCAGGCAAGAUUACAAUUCUAAAGUUGACAUGGAUGGAUUUUAGACUAUUUAAGUGUAAACUCUAAGUCAGAGGUUUCGUUCUAAGAAACUGAUGGAAGGUUUGUUUAUGAUGUGAUAAAUGGAGUUUUGUUUACUACUCAAAAUAAACCUGUUCUUUAAAAAAAACUCCCCUAUAAUUCUUAACAUAUAAACCUUUCAAAAUAGAUAAUAUAGUAAAAUAUCUAUUUUUAAUAUUUAUUACAUUUUUUCUUUUCCAUUAUAGUUUAUUAGAAGACAUUGAAUAUAGUACCCUGUGCUAUACAGUAGGACCUUGUUUAUCCAAUUUAUCCUCCUCUCCUUUGCCCUUUGGUACCACAAGUUUUUCUUCUAUGCCUGUGAGUCUGUUUCUGUUUUCUAACUAAGUUCAUUAAUGUUUAUUACAUUUUAACUCACACUAUCUAAAACUAUAUUAACUAAAAAUAUUGCUUUUAUCCAUUUUCACUUUACCUGAAACAAUACUUAAAACUCUACAUCAAUGUCUCUACUAGAGCCACUUUGGAAUAAAAUUCAUCAUAAAACAUUUAUUGUGCUUUCUAC